CGGCGGCGCUGGCCGGGAUGGAGUGAGGGGGCGAGCGGCGGAGAGAGCGCAGCCCACCGAGCUCCGGCCCCUUCCCCCCUUUCUUUCUCUUUCUCUCUGGCCCGGGUCUAUGCGGCCCCCCAGAGACCAUGGGAUCCAGGAUCAAACAAAAUCCGGAAACUACCUUUGAAGUGUAUGCAGAAGUAACCUAUUCAGGAAUCAGUUGCAUUGGGAAAGAUCCUGAGGUGCGGAGGCAAUUCCCAGAAGGCUACAGUGACCAGGAAGUUCUACAGACUUUGACCAAGUUUUGUUUCCCCUUCUAUGUGGACAGCCAUGCAGUUAACCAAGUUGGGCAGAACUUUACAUUUGUGCUUACAGACAUUGACAGCAAACAGAGGUUUGGAUUCUGUCGCUUAUCUUCUGGGGCCAAGAGCUGCUUCUGUAUCUUAAGUUACCUCCCAUGGUUUGAAGUCUUUUAUAAGCUGCUCAAUGUCUUGGCAGAUUAUUCAGCAAAAGGACAGGAUAGUCAAAGGAGUGAGCUCCUAGAAACAUUUCAUAAACUUACCAUCCCUGAGCCAGGAACCUCUGUUCAUCUUGGAGUGCACUCUUACUUUACUGUGCCUGACAUCAGAGAGCUUCCUAGUAUACCUGAAAAUAGAAAUCUGACAGAGUAUUUUGUAGCAGUUGAUGUCAACAACAUGCUGCAUCUCUAUGCCAGUAUGCUGUAUGAACGCCGCAUCCUCAUUUGUUGUAGUAAGCUGAGCACUUUAACUGCCUGCAUUCAUGGGUCUGCAGCUAUGCUCUACCCGAUGUUCUGGCAGCAUGUUUACAUUCCUGUUCUGCCCCCACAUCUAUUGGACUACUGUUGUGCCCCAAUGCCCUACCUCAUUGGAAUACAUUUAAGCUUGAUGGAGAAAGUACGAAACAUGGCCCUGGAAGAUGUAGUGAUUCUUAAUGUAGACACGAACACACUGGAGACCCCUUUUGAUGACCUUCAGAGCCUUCCUAAUGAUGUGGUUUCUGCACUGAAGAACAGAUUGAAGAAAGUCUCUACAACCACUGGAGAUGGUGUUGCAAGAGCGUUUCUAAAAGCACAAGCAUCUUUCUUUGGGAGCUACAGAAACGCCCUGAAAAUUGAACCUGGUGAACCCAUCACUUUUUGUGAAGAAACAUUUGUGUCCCAUCGUUCUGCUGUCAUGAGGCAGUUUCUUCAGAAUGCCAUUCAGCUCCAGCUCUUUAAGCAGUUCAUUGAUGGCCGUCUGGAUCUUCUUAACUCCGGCGAGGGCUUCAGUGAUGUUUUUGAAGAAGAGAUAAAUAUGGGAGAAUAUGCAGGUAGUGACAAAUUGUACCACCAGUGGCUCUCUACAGUAAGGAAAGGAAGUGGAGCCAUUUUAAAUACAGUAAAGACCAAGGCUAACCCUGCCAUGAAGACUGUCUAUAAGUUUGCAAAAGAUCAUGCAAAAAUGGGAAUAAAAGAAGUGAAAAACCGCUUGAAGCAAAAGGACAUUGCUGAGAAUGGGUGUUCUGCAGCACCGGAGGAAUCUCUACCAAGGACAGCACCUUCUCCAUUGGUUGAAAAGAAGGACCCUAAAUUAAGAGAAGACAGAAGACCAAUCACAGUACACUUUGGUCAGGUUCGCCCACCAAGACCUCAUGUUGUUAAGAGACCCAAGAGCAAUAUUGCUGUGGAAGGCCGAAGGACUUCAGUUUCUAGUCCAGAACAGCCUCAGCCAUACCGGGCCCUGAAAGAAUCUGAUAGUGCUGAUGGGGAAGAGGCAGUCAGUCCAGAAAAAUCAAAAGAGCCUCUGCCUCCAAGCCCUCUGCUUUCAAGCAAGGCCACAGAAAUCAACCUCCUUGAAGACAUUUUCCCUAACUUAGAAGUAGAAACACAGCCUCAGCCUCUCAGCCAAGCUAAGAGCCUAGAAGACCUGCGGACUCCCAAAGAAGAGGCAGAUCAGCGGUGCACAUUUGAUUACCAGAGAAUGGAUCUUGGUGUGUCUGAGAGGAACAGGAUUGUGCCAACCAUGAAGCUGUCUCACCCUUACAACAAGCUGUGGAGUAUGGGUCAUGAUGAUAUGGCUAUUCCUACCAAGUAUUCCCAAAGCUCGCCAGAAAGGCCCUUGAUGGCACUUGGUAACAUGCCGCCAAUCACAAGGAGACCCCGGAGCAGAGACAGCAUUCUGGCUCCUGCAGAAAAGGAUGAAUCAAGUCCUGCUGUGCAAGGGAACAUCACCAUUCCUCGGCCACAGGGAAGAAAGACUCCUGAACUGGGGAUAGUGCCACCACCACCAGCACCCAGGGCUUCCAAGCAUCAGACUCCAGCUGGGCCAACAGAAAUUCUUACCACCCACACUACAGGACGUAGCCAUUUGGUUUCAGAUCUUGUCCCAGAGCCCUUUGGAGUUGGUAGUGUGUCCUCAGAUGCUGAAAUCCAGCAGUCUGUAAAUUAUUCCUCUCAUCCGUCUCAGCUUUUGUCCAGUGCUACCAGCACUGCUGAGAUGCUCCAGCCUGUCAAAGUGAAGACAGAAAAUGCAGGUAAUGAAAGCGACUACCUUCUUAAUCUCCUGGAUCCGUUAAAAACAGCCAGCUGGCAAAGCAGUGGCCCACAGCAAGGUCCCUGCAGCCUGCAAAGCUCAGCCACUCCACCUUCUGCAGCUAGCUUUGUCUCGGUGGCAAGUGACUUUGUGCCUCCUCCAGCUGCACCAUUUGCCCAGCCACUUGGUUAUCCUUCCCCAGCAGCACCACCUUUUUUACAGCCAUCUCCUAAUCCAUUUAUGCAAACAGUGCCAGGAGCCCUUUCAGUGUCUCUAGUUAGACCCCCAAGGGGCUCCUUCACCCCCUCUUUAGGUCACGCUUACAGCUCUAGCUUCAUAACACCUAAUUCUAGCUUCUACCCACCGCAAAGACCUCAACCAAACAUUUCAACACUCUCCAUGCCAAACUUGUUUAGCCAGGCUCCAGCCGUGCCACCAGCUAGCUCGUUAUUGCUGCAGAGCCACAGCCUUUCUCCAACAAGCUCUCUACAGCCAGCAUGUCUAAGUGGUCCUUCUAAAACCAGAACAUUACAGGUGGGCCAGUCCAGCUCAAAGGUAGAUCCCAAACAAGCACGAGUUCUCCUGUCUAAUGAACCCCCUUUGAUCCCUUCCAGGCCAGCUAAGGGCUUAGAGUCAGUGUUACUAUCCUCAAAAUCUGAGGAGACAAAAGAUCCAUUUGAAGAUUUGUUAAAAAAGACAAAGCAAGACGUCUCAUCCACACCAGGUAAGGUUGAACAGCUCAGAAAGCGAUGGGAAACCUUUGAGUAA